AUGAAGACCACCACUUACGUUUCCGCUCUUCUCAGUCUGGCCUCCGCCGUCAGCGCUCACUACACUUUCGACAAGCUCACACUCGCUGGCGUCCAACAGGGCACUGAUAACGAGUACAUCCGCAAGCACCAGAACGGCUACAUGCCCACCAAGUUCAAGAACAUUCCCGAUGGUUCCAUCUCUCCCACCGACAAGGACUUCACUUGCAACAAGGGCUCUACGCCCUCUGCCAACGCUUUCGGCGGCACUGGAAUGAAGCACCCCGGUCCUAUCCAGGUCUACGCUGCUCCUGUCAAGGACGCUACGAGUGACAGCCCUUAUGACCUGAAGUGGUACAAGAUUCACCAGGCUUUGAUCUGCAAGUCUGGCAACGCUGAGUCUCUCCGCUCAACUGCUUGGUGCUCUUGGGGUGAGGACUCUGUCCACUUCAAGAUUCCUUCCACUCUUCCUGAUGGACAGUACCUCAUCCGUGGUGAGCACAUUGGUCUUCACGGUGCUCACGAUGGCCAGGCUGAGUUCUACUAUGCCUGUGCUCAGGUUGAGGUCUCUGGUAACAGCGCCACCACCAUCCCCGGUACUUCUGUCUCUAUCCCCGGUGUCUACAAGCAGGACGACGCUGCUGUCAACUUCAGUCUCUGGGGAAGCUCUACCUCCUAUGAUGUCAUGCCUGGUCCCGAUGUUAUCCCCGGUGGUACUAUCCGCGGUAGCGCUGAUGGUGCUGGUGGCGAUGUCACCAAGACUGUUGAGGGCGGUGCUGACACUGGUUCCGACUCUGGCUCUGAUGCUUCUCCCACCGAGGGUUCCGCUGCUCCUUCUUCCACUCCUACCUCUGCUCCCGAGCCUUCUCAGGCUCCCGUUGUCCCUGACGUUCCCGACUCUGCUGAGACCACUCCCCAGCCUACCCCUGUUGCUGCUGAGACCACUCCUCUGCCCUCUGCCGGUAACGGUGCCAGCAACGGAUGCUCUUCUGGUUCUUCCAAGGCCCGCCGCCACGCUCGCCACUUCGCCGCUCACCGUUUCUAA